ACACGUUUUGUUGACGAUCGCACGUUCAAGAGAUUCGUAAGUUAGAGAGAGCUACCAAAAAUAUAAUCUAGGAGUCAAGUGGAUAGAUGGCUUACUCAUACUGUGCUGCUGAAAUUGAGAUGAUCAUCCAGGUGGCUAGAGACAAGAAGAACUGGAGAGAGGGAGAAAAACCUCUCGGUGUGAGAGAGGUCCAAAGCAAAAUGAAGUGUAUCUCACCACAGACUGAAGAACCACCAGGACUCCCUCUUGUAGAUGUUGUGGGGAAAGGACAAGAAGAAGAGGUCGUCAACCAGUCUGCAGAGGAGAUAGAUGAGGUUGUGAAACAGUCUGGAGAGGAGAGAGAUGGGAUCGUGAACCAGUCUGGAGAGGAGAGAGAUGAGGUUGUCAACCAGUCUGGAGAGGAGAGAGAUGAGAUCGUGAACCAGUCUGAAGAGGAGACAGAUGAGGUCCUGAAACAGUCUGCAGAGGAGAGAGAUGGGAUCGUCCACCAGUCUGAAGAGGAGAGAGAUGGGAUUGUCAACCAGUCUGCAGAGGAGAGAGAUAAGGUCAUCACUGAGCAUGAUAAUGAUGAGACUGAGAUGCCAGAAGAAAAAACUGCAGGAGAAGGCCACUAUGAUCCUGAGCCAUUUGUCAGUAUUGAAGUCCGCUGUUCCAGAGCUUUUGCAGACGACGGUGAACUGUACCGAUGGGGUCUGUAUGGAAAGCCUGAAGAGCAGCGUGAUGAUGACACCUUUGAACAGGAACAGGAAAACGAUGUCCUCAUCGAUGAAGGAAAAAAGGAUAAAUCACACCAAUGUGGGACCAGCGAAUCAGCCAUUGCAGAGGGAACCGUCAAGAAGGCGAAUGGCUCCGAUAAUGGGUGUGAUGUGAAGGAGAUCAGGCCGUACCACUCAUCGUUUUUGAACUUUACCGGAGAGUAUGAAGGUCAAGAAGAGGUCAUGAAGGACAUGGGACUCCCUCUUAGCUUUGCCCGUUCACCAAGAGACUGUGAGGAGGAGGACGAGGGCACGUACAAGGUCAGAACAAAGUCAAACAAAGGAAAGAAAAGUAAGAGAAAGGCGAAGAACAGCAGGAACAGGCAGAGAUCUCAAGAUAACCAGAAGGACACGUACUCCAAUGUCCAAAAUGCAGACGAGAAUGAAACCAAGCACAACUCACAUAUCGGCCACGGUAGAAAUUCUGAGAAGGAUGCAGAUGAGGGUAUGCCAAGUGGCUUGGAAGGAUGCAAGAAGGAACUUGGAGUCAGUGGAGACUUUGAUGGGUCUGAGGAUGUCUCUUCUUGGGAGGAGUACUGGGAGAAGUUUGGGCAUGGCCUCAUCUGGCAAGGCUGGCUUGAACUGCAUCCAGAGUUUGGUGAAGAUGAAUCUUCCAGUUAUACCCAGGAGGGGUGUUUGCAUACAGAGGGUGGAAGGGAUCCAAGUGGUAUGCUAAUAAAAACAUCAGGGAAAAAAGAAGAUAGUGAGCUAAAGGACAAUGGUGGCCUAGACAUGAAUGUCAGAUGUAAUCAGGAGCAUGUGGCUGACCUUGAUGUAGAUAUGCUUCUUGAAUCCUGCCAGGACAAAGAUAUCCUCACAGAAUCAGCUCACCUCUCAGAGAAAAUGGAACAGCCUUGUCAUGGCUGUGAGGGCACUGACCAUAACAGCGGGGGAGGUCAGCUCACUAAUAUUGGUGAGGCUGACAGUGAAGUAAAUGUUGUGCAACAAUCGCGUACUUUUGAUGAUGUGACAGUUCCUAGUACAAAAUCUUUAGAACCUGGAACUGAUGUAAUUAUUGAUUCUCUUGGGGACCAACCAGGCAAGCAGCAUGAAAGUACAGCUGAAGGAGAUACUGGCAAUGCAGUCCAUAUCCCCCUCUCUUCAGUGAAACCAAUCCUUCAAAAUGGAAACAUUGAAAAUCAUGCUGGUGAUGUGGUCAAGGAAAAAGAUUUAAGUGGUGGUAAAAUGGAUGAUAAGUCACAGGAUGCUGCUCUGACUGCACCUGAAUCCAAAUGGACUCCAGGAUUGAUAGAAGAAUGGGACAAGCAUUCCGAUGACACAUACUGGUACUACCACCACUGGUUCCACUCUUGGCAGGAUGUGCUUCAAGGAGAGGAGGGACCAAUUGCAGUAGGUGAAGAGAUUCCUCAAGAAAAUCUGAUAGAAGCUAAUGGUGUGGUGAAGGGUGAAGAGGAUGAAUGUGUUGUCAGUUCCUGUGACCAAAAAGGGAAAGCUUCAACACUCUUGGAAGAACAGAUACAAGGAGAAUGUAAACUGGUAGAUGAUGUAGAGAAAGCUGUGAGGUUUGAACCAACGGAUGAGGAGGCUUCAACACUCCUGCAAGAACAGAUACCUGACAGGAGUACAUUAGGAGACUCUAAACUGGUUGAUGAUGUAGGGACAGCUGCGAGGGUUGAACCAAAGGAGAAGGGUGCUUCAACACUCCUGCAAGAACAGAUACCUGACAGGAGUACAUCAGGAGACUCUAAACUGGUUGAUGAUGUAGGGACGGCUGUUGAGGUUGAACCAAAGGAGGAGGAUGCUUCAACACUCCUGCAAGAACAGAUACCUGACAUGAGUACAUUAGGAGACUCUAAACUGGUUGAUGAUGUAGAGAAGGCUUUGGAGGUUGAACCAGUGCCAGAUCAGCAUGACGAUGAGCCUGGUCACAACCUAGAGGAAGAGAUUAUUAAGAUGGUCUUCCCAGAUGAAGAGGAGAGUGACAUGAUGAAACAAAUGGGACUUCCAUCAGGAUUUGGCAGUGAUGUACCUCAAGGCAGAGAGAUGAAAGGUGGAGGGAAGAAAAGGAAGCAAAACUCAAAGCAGACCAGGACUAAUUCCAGCGGAAGCAGCAAUGGUACUUCCACAGCUAUCAUGGCAAACAGAGAUCUAGGAUCUACUGGCAGUUGCCAUGGUAAUGAUGAUGAAGAGGAAGAGCCUCCAGAAGACUCACCAUACAAGACAAAGAGGAGUCAUGAGUUGGAUGCUGAGGAGCUUGGGUCAGCAUACACCAAAGUCUUUCAGAAACUAGGUCUCAGUUGUGCCCCUGCAUCUCGGAGGUUCUUGGAUCAGAAGCCAUUCCAGAAGGCAAAGGUCCACUACUUCAACAAACGGCUGAAGAAAAGUCACGACCCCGACCUGAACUUGAGGAAGAAGCCGCUCCACAUCAGAUUCAGCGAUGAAGAACACGAGGCUGAAGACGGAGGCGAUGAAGUUGCCGGGACAACUUCCCAGGAAGGAUCAAGAGAUGGUGGAAAAAGAGGAGAAAAGCAGAGUCGUGUGAUGUCCUUUAAAGUUGGCAAGAGCAAUGUUCUUGGAAAGGUGAGGGGUUUCCUGAAGAGAGAGGAAGACUUGAAUGACAUUGGGGUCAGUUGUCAUGGUUUCGAUGAGGAUGAUGAUGACACAGAUAGUAAUCUUGAUGAAAACGUUGAGGCCCCAACAGAGGAUAAGACUGAUGAUAAUAAAUUACUCCAUGAACAUGUAGAAGAAUUCCCAGGAGAGGAGGCUUCUUUAGAACAUGGUGAUGAUGGUUGCCAUAGUAACAAACAAGCAGAUCAGACAAUGGAUGAUGAAGUGCAGAGUAAGGAUAUCUGCAUAGAUGAAAAGGGAGAUGCCUUGCCAAUUGACUUGCCAAAACAAGCAGCAUCGGAACAGAACACAAUGCCCAGUGCAUCUGGAACUAUACAGACCGUAGCUAAACUAGAAGACAUAAAGAAAGAGGAAAAUAGGGUCAAUGCGGAGGAGGUCGUAAGGGAGAAAGGAGAAGUCAAAGAUGAUGAUCAGAAGUCGAAACCAAAAGCAAAGCAGCGCAGACAGCGGAAGUAUACUUCCAAGCAUGACAUAGCUGGAGGCAGUAAGCAUUUGAACAAGUACUGGGCUCAGCGAUACAGAUUGUUCUCAAGAUUUGACGAAGGCAUCAAGUUAGAUGAAGAGGGCUGGUAUUCGGUGACCCCGGAGAGGAUAGCCGAACAUCAAGCAGAGAGAUGUAGAUGUGACUUGAUUGUUGAUGCUUUCUGUGUCAGGGGUAAUGCGAUCCAGUUUGCCUUUACGUGUGAGAGAGUGGUAGCAGUUGACAUCGACCCCGCCAAGAUCGAAUUAGCCCGACACAACGCUACAGUGUACGGGGUUGAGGAUCGUAUCGAGUUCAUCGUUGGUGACUUCUUCAAGGUAGCAGACGACUUGAAAGCAGACGUGGUGUUCUUGAGCCCUCCGUGGGGCGGACCCAAGUACCUCAAUGCUGAGGUCUUCGAUCUCUUCUCCAUGAUGGACAUUGAUACUGCAGCCAUGUUUGAGAAAGCUAGAUGCAUCUCAGAAAACAUUGGUUUCUUUGCUCCAAGAAAUGCUAAUGUAGAACAGUUGGCCUCUCUCGCUGGCCCAGGAGGGCGUAUGGAGAUCGAGCAGAACUUCUUGAACAAGAAAAUCAAAACCAUUACAGCAUAUUAUGGGGAGCUUGUAGACUGAUCAUGAAGCUGCCGUAUGUGUUUUCAACAGGUUGCUAGAUGUCUACAGGAGAGAAAGUUUGAUUCUGUAUAAAUGAUCUCAUUAAGUUGAUAAGUCAUUUACAAUAGCUUAAACUUGGGUUACAAAGCUUUUAUGUACCAAACUCAAUACUUUAAUUUUUAAUAAGACAUUCUGAGAUAACCUGAGAGAAUCAGGCAGACAUGGAAAAUAAUAAGAAAAUAGAAGUAAAUCUGUAUUUAAUGAUCGCUAUUAAAGAGACAUAGAUGUAUUAGGCUCUAUAUAAAUCCAGAAAAAACAUUUUUUAAAGUAAUGACCCUGAGUAUAUAUAUGUACCAAUUUUCUUCCUGUCUUGCCAUAGAAGUCAGCCAUCAGUUCCUGGCAUCGUAUGGAAAGAAACUUGAUCCCCUAUCAAGAUGUUGAUUGAUUUGUCCAAACUGUUGUGCAUGUCGUGUUGUGGACACAUUUAUGGUUUGAUGCUUAUGUAAUAGGAGCUGUCCGUGACUCUAUUAUGAAUCUGAUGUUUCAGUGUGAACUGCCAUAAAUCAUUUGUUUCUUGCCAUAUAUUUCCAUACAUUUCUUGCUUAUUUUAAUAACCACUUGUAGAGCUUCAUCACAUGUUAAGGUACGGUACACAUGUAUGAGCCACAUUUGCAGACAACUGCCUGAUUCUCUCAGCCAGUAUACUGAAGUGUUGGGCAGUAAAACCUUUAAUUCCAUGUUAUAAGCUGAUUUCUUCAUAGGACAUUACCGUAGCUCAUGUAUAGCUAUUCUUCUUUUUUCUUCACAUCAAUUGACCUCUCCUCCAAGCUACUCAAACUUGAAGCUGUCCACUGACCCCAGGGGCUGUUUCACAAAGAUCCUAAGUUGAACUUAACAAUUAUGGA